AUGCCCACCAAAUCCUUGGCCGUUGUAGCGGCAUUUGGUUCAGCUUUGGUGGUGAUCGCUUCCUUGUAUAGCGCUGUAAUCUUAUUCCAAGACAUCAACUCUCUUUAUGAUGAGAUUAUGGACGAUAUGGCUGAAUUCAAGCUGUAUGCGAAUGAUGCAUGGAGUGGGAUAAUGCAUGUGAGCAACCCCAUCCAACGUCACAGUAAGGGCUCUUCAUUCGUUGAAUUGGUUGGUCGCAACAAGAGAGAAGCCACCUGUUGGUGUGCUCCUCGAGCCGUGAAUUGUCCAGCUGGGGCCCCUGGAAAGCCAGGAGAUCGAGGAGAACCUGGAGAACCCGGCCCACCAGGAAAGCCCGGAAACGAUGGUGCUCCCGGAGAAGUGAAGCCAACUCCCCCUCCUAGCAGAAACUGCAUUAAAUGCCCUGCUGGAGAGGUUGGCCCGAAAGGACCACCUGGAGAAGCUGGCCCCGCUGGAAGAGACGGCAUCCCCGGAGAAGAUGGAUUCCAUGGAAACGACGGCCAUCCUGGAGCUCCCGGACCUCGAGGAGAUCAAGGACCGGCUGGUCCUGCCGGUUUGGUUGGUCAGCCUGGACAUCCUGGACGCGAUGGAAGGAAGGCCAUCCCCACACCUGGCUCCAAAGGACCACCAGGAUAUCCAGGGCCUCGAGGAGAACCAGGAGAACCCGGAGAAACACCUCCACCCUCACCUCCAGGAGAGCCAGGGCCUCAAGGAAAAGUAGGACCUCCUGGCCCACCUGGACGUGUUGGAUAUGGCGGAAAAGUUGGAGCACCAGGUAAACCAGGCCCAGACUCCGGAUACUGCCAAUGCCCAAAGCGAGAGAAUGCCCCGGCCCUUCCUGAGCCCACCAAACGGACAGCCCCUAAGGCAGUCGCCCCUCCUGGAGCUCUUCCCGGAACGUCUGCUGGGUAUGAUUCCCCUGCUCCUGCCGUUGUUAGUCCUGUCAUCGCCGCUGCUCCACACACUCCUGAGGCCAACGCUGGAGUCCCCAAUUAUGCGAAGAGGAUCAGAUUGUAA